AUGGCUCCUCAGUCACGCAUCUACUUGACACGACACUCGCAGGCCGAGCAUAAUGUCGCCGAUGACUAUUCUAUCGCAGAUGCGCCUCUGACGCCGCUCGGUAAACAACAGUCUGCGCGUUUGCCAUCGCUUACCCCGGACUUGCAAUCGCGUGCGCAAGUCAUACUUUCGUCUGCGCUCAAGCGCACGCUGCAGAGCACCAAGAUCGGAUACGCUCCCGCCAUUGAGCGGCUUGGCGGCUUGGGCAAGGUCGUCUUGCUGCCUCAGCUUCAGGAAUGCAAUGCUUUCCCUUGCGACACUGGGUCCGCAAAGGAGGUCCUCGAGCGCGAUCCCGAACUGCAGGGCUUUGACUUUUCGCCGCUCACGCCGGACUGGACUAGCAAGCAGGGCUUCUAUGCUGCCGACAACGUUUCGCUCAACAAGCGCGCUCAAUGGAUUCGACAGUACCUUCGUAGCCGCCCAGAGCAGGAUAUCGUUGUCAUGGCCCAUGGCGACAUUCUUCGCAGGAUCACCGGAGAGCAAUACCCUUGGAAGAACGCCGAGGUGCGACUCUUCCAGUUCAACCCGGCCUCGGUCGACACAGACGCUUGUCCGUUGGUCCAUAUCCAGGAUGUGGCUACUGGCGGUGCGGUAGCCGAGCCCACCUCUGGUGACAUUGCUGCACAACAAGGUGUUCCUGCACCUGGUGCUGGCCGGAAUGCCAACUCUGCACUGCCAAACAUCCCAGUCUCUGACUCAGGCUCGUUGCGGAAUUGGGCAGCGUCAACCGACACAAGUUUGACAACCUCCGACUUGAAAAAGAUUGAAGACCGCGUUCGUCACCGCCAGUCAGUUCUUCUAGAGCAGACAAACGAGCUGCAAGAGCUCGAGAAGCGGUUGCAAGCCGCAGAAGCACGCAAGAAGGAGCUAGAGUCGCGCGGCGGCUUUAUCUAG